AUGCUAUAUCCAGAUGCCAAUGCGGCCUGCGGCUUCCCUACCCCAUCGAGACAGCCCAAAAGGGAAGGAGCCAAAAAAGUCCCGAGCUGGUCCAAGCUCAGCGCUGUUCUCAAACAUCUGAUUCUGUCGCAAGACAACUCUACACCCCACAUCACCACCAUCAUGGUUCCCCAACCCCCUCUCCCACCCACCCACCACCACCCCUCCCUCACGCGCCCCCUCCCUCCCUCCACCGCCCAAGAACUCCUGCACACCUACCUCGAGUCCUCCACCACGCAACCCCACCUCCACCCGGACAGCCAACUCAACACCUCCGGCCCCAGCUUCGCCGCUACAUCCAGCUCCAGCGGCGGUCUCGCAAUCCACCACCUCCGCCGCAUCGAAGCGGGACUACGCGGGGAGCGACUCGUGGCCGAGACGAAAGAGGAACUCGAACGGCUCUUCGGCGAUGCCGCCGGGACGGUAGCAGGGGCAGACGAUGAUGGGCGCUUAGACGCCUCGAUCGCGGAGGCCGCGGCGCAGAAACGGGCAGAGGGGAAGGGGAAAAGGAAGAGGGAUAGGGAAGAAGAGAUCGAGGCUUGGGCGCACGAUACGUCUUCGAUGGCUGGAGGAGCUACGGGGCAGGAGUUGGAGAGUUUCGCGAAUACGCCUAUGCACGCGCCAGAUCACGGGUAUGAGGAGCAGGAGUGGCAGGAUCGGGAGGAGUAUGAGAAGCAGCAGGGUAUGCUUGAGGGCGAACUGGGGGAGCGGAUAGGUGCGACGAAUGUGAAGCAGAAUGGCGAGGUGCCGGAGAUUGUGAAGCAUGAUGGGGAAGGAAAAACGGAGGCGGAGAAGAAGGCAAGGAAGGAGAAUAAGAAGCGGCAAAAAUUGGAGCAGAGGAGGCUCAGGGCGCAGCAGGCGGGCAGGGCGGGCUCGGCGGGGUAG